AUGUAUAAAAUUUCAAUUUUGAGUGUUACCUUCCCUAACAAUAAAAAUAAGUAAGAUAUCUACUGCAAAUUAACAGAGGGUGAUCAAACAUAUCAAACAAAGGUUGAUAUGGACACUAUCACAAUUGCCAAGUGGGAUCAGAAUUUCAAUGUUAAAUAAACCCAAUCGGAAAUCACAUUUUCAAUCCAUCUUUGGAAAGGAGACAACAAAGAUCAAUUGCUUACCGAAACUAAGGUUAAAUGGGAGUAGUUCCUGACUCUGAUGAACACACCCCAAACGAUUAAAUUUGAUGUAUGCGAAAUGAGUCUAAUCAUUGAAGAAGUUACAAUUCCAUCAAACGAAGCUUAAAUUAAAUAAUUUUCAAAGUAUCUCUCUGACACUGGCUUAGAACAAUCAUUCAAAUUGAUCUUUGCUGAAAUUCUGAGCAAAAAAAUUGAUCGAUCAGAAGUAUUCACAUACACAGCUUUACGUUUGAGGUAGAUUGGAGAUGAUCUUAAAAUGUUUCUUACUAAUAAUCACAAAAUGAGUUAGUUACUUAAUAAUAUAAGUGAAGUUUAAUAGGAUGAUGAGCCAGAUCAAUUUUUAGAAAGUUAAGAUUAAUGA